UGGAGAAACAGAGGAGGGAAGGGGGAAGAAAAACAGAGAGAGAGACAGACAGAGAGACAGAGAGAGAGCGCGAGAGAAAUCGUGGGAGACGUGAAAGAGUGAAGGAUCGGAAGGAGGGGGGGAUGUAAAAGCCAGAUUUUUAUUGGAAGCAAUUGAAGUGGUUGCUAUGAGACCCGCUGGAGCAGAGGACCAGCAGCCAGCUCGACGCUGAUGGUUCUUACCUCGUACUAAACCUUUCUUUUGACACAGUUUUAGAGUUGCUUAAUAUCUGAGCAAGCACCUGACACGGGCGACUUUUUCCUUCUUUUUUCUCCUCCGGUCCCUCGGGUAAGAUGGAGGUAGAAAACGAAGCCAGCUGCUCCCCCAGCAGCGCAUCAGGCGGGUCCAGAGAGUACAAGGUGGUAAUGCUGGGAGCAGGGGGAGUUGGUAAAAGCGCAAUGACAAUGCAGUUUAUUAGUCAUCAGUUCCCUGAUUAUCAUGACCCUACUAUUGAAGAUGCUUACAAGACCCAGGUUAGGAUCGACAAUGAGCCAGCUUAUCUGGACAUCUUGGACACUGCUGGUCAGGCGGAAUUCACAGCCAUGAGGGAGCAGUAUAUGCGAGGUGGGGAAGGAUUCAUUAUCUGCUACUCCGUCACUGACCGCCAAUCAUUCCAGGAGGCUGCCAAGUUUAAAGAGCUCAUUUUUCAGGUCCGCCACACCUAUGAAAUUCCCCUGGUGCUGGUGGGAAACAAAAUUGACCUGGAACAGUUCCGUCAGGUCUCUACAGAAGAAGGCUUGAGCCUGGCCCGAGAAUAUAACUGUGCUUUUUUUGAGACCUCUGCAGCCCUCAGAUUCUGCAUCGAUGAUGCCUUUCAUGGUUUAGUGAGGGAAAUCCGCAAGAAGGAGUCCAUGCCAUCCUUGAUGGAAAAAAAACUGAAGAGAAAAGACAGCCUGUGGAAGAAGUUAAAAGGCUCAUUGAAGAAGAAGAGAGAAAACAUGACAUGAUAUCCUUGCUUCUAACUCUCUUACUCUCGCUCUGAAUUUUAUCAGCUGGACAAUUCCAAAUGUUGCAUUCUGCUUCAAUAUUCUCUGUCUUUCUGUCUGUCUCUCUCUCUUUAAAUAUCUGCCUAUAGGUUAAAGCAAGAUAUGCAUAACUGUACCUUUUGAGAGAGUUUUGUUUUGCCCUUAACAGUUAGAUGGAUUUUGUCAAUCAGCUGGAUAUGCUGUUUAGUUUUUACAAUGUAUUACUAAAUAAAACUGACAUUCCAAUUGCCUCA